UAGGCUCCUUUUUAAUUGCAAUUUAAUUACCUCAGAAUGAGUCCUUUUGAAUUUGGUGUUAUCUUGUCUACCCCCCGGUAAAUGACUAUUAAUGAUUUAAUACGUUUGAAACUAGGAGUCUUCUGUGUAAGCAUAUGUUAACUUCCUGUAUAUUUUAAAGACAGUUUGGAAAUGGGCAGAUCAGUUGACGAGCACAUGCAGCAAUCUACAGGGAUUGGGUUAGGUGCAAUCUGAUACACCGCUGAAGCUAGGCUAUGAGUAGCCAGUCCCAGUGGAGAACGUCACAGUGUGGUGCCAGUAAUAUUCCGGUUCCUAGCAUUGUUGGCGUAAGAGCCGGCUUCACCCUUGCAUUUGAGAGAGAGCAGCAGCAUUUCCAUGUUUACUUCCGAUGGAUAAGAGUGUGAUCAAAUUCAGUCACUGUAACAAAGAUAUCUAUUGUUUCUUCGUCCCGGAGGAAUGCCCAGAGUGUGGUGUUAGCUUCAGCGGCCGCAGGUUGGAGGACGCUCCCAUCAGCAUACCUAACCCUUUCACCAAUGGGCACAAGGCCCCCUGUUCCUUCCUGGUUGCACCAACUGAGGGAACCUUUCUCGGGGACUUUGAUGGGGACUCUGAUCUGCACACCGGCAUCACCGACACUAAAGGAGUUGUCUACAACUACACGAAGACAGGGGUGCGGAAGGACAGUAUAGGAUGGGAAAAAUGCAUCAGUGUCCCUCUGGUUCAGCCAGACAUGUACAACCUCCUCAACCAGUGGGACCAGUACCUGGAGAAGUUCUCCUCUGCUGAGAUGUGGGAUCCACAGUGCCAGAAAUUCGAUGAAGAAAAACACAACUGCUAUAACUACACUCUGGCAUUUAUAAACUGUGUGCUGGCUGCACAGGGAAAACGUUCCCUCAGUAAAGAGGAGUUCACACAGAGCUUUGUUGUGCCCCGGAUCAAGAGAGCGUCCAAGUACAGAAUGCUUUGCGAGGAGAUCUCCAAAAACUACUUCUACAUUGUGGACAAUCCUCCAAAAGAACAGGAUGAUGGAAACAGUGAGUGA